AUGGAAUCUGCGCGUUCCCCGAUCCCUUCUUAUCUAUGGGUAGCUCCGUACAUACUUUCCUUCUCUGGGCUCCUCAUGACCUCCCAACCUCUGCGCGCCGCGAUGUUCGUCCCAAUUGCCGGCAUCCUCCUCCACAUCACCACCCUCAGGACCGCGCCCUCCGAACACGCCAUGGCGUGUGCGCUCACACAACUAACUUUACAGAUGCUCGAUUUCCUCGUCCUGACUGACUCACAUUCGGAGCUGCGUUUGGCCGAUCAAGUUACAGAUACAGACCAACUUCCCCUUUACGAACGCGUCAAAUGGGUGCUGCGGCUGAUGACGAGCCCGCGCCUCGUUGGUUGGGUGAAUGAACCGAAGAAUGGCAUUCCUCCACGCCCCACUGAUACGUCGAGGCUGCGUUUUGCCCUGAAACAGCUUGCGUACCUUGGCCUCAACCUCCUCGUCCUCAACAUCGUGGACGUUACUGUGACUCUAUGCUCUCAGUGGCAAUCCGCCCAUGAACUUGGGGUAGCAGGCACGUGGGCUUUGCGGUCUGUCUAUGCCCUUCAGCAAGGUCUGUUGACGUGGAUGGGGAUCAAGCUCUCGCAUCAUAUCUGGAUAAUGUUGGUGCUGGCUACUGGGAGGUGGAUGCCCAAUGACCUUCCACCACUGUUCUCGAACCCAGGAAACGCGAUUACUUUGCGCAAGUUUUGGGGACGAACAUGGCACCAGAUGCUUCGAAGGGUCAUAACAUCACCCAGCGCCUUCGUCGCCAACACCCUCCUUAACCUCCCGCGACACGGCAAACUCUCCAGAUACACGCAGCUCUACCUCGCGUUCUUCUUUUCCGGACUCAUCCACGCCUGGCCCGAAUACAUGCAGUUCGGGCAUUUCGCCGGGAGCAUGCGCUUCUUUCUCCUACAGGCGCUGGCGAUACAUUGCGAGGAUACGUUGAUUUCUCUCGCCGGCGGGAUGGGCGUGAAGCAGUCGAAGACGUGGGAGAUUGCUGAGUACAUUUGGGUGUGGCAGUGGUUUACUUGGUGCAUUCCCGCGUGGGUAGGCCCUCUGCUCGAGAGUGGGGGUCCCAGGCGCGAAGGUGGAGAUCAUACAAGGAUUGUGUGCGUAUCAUAG